AUGGAUGAAAAUCUGAAAACAGGUAUUGUAAAAGAAUCAGAUCUUAAUCAGCAGAAUGGGCACGAAAAGCUUAGCAUCGACAAUAUAUAUCAUGUUGGUGGUUGCCAUCAAUCUCAUUCAGAUAGUGAAAACCUAGAGAAACUAAAAACGGCCUUAAGGCAAGCCUUGGGAUUAGAUCCAAAUUUACCAAAACAAUGUGUUAUGAUGGAUUUGGAACAUCAAAAUAGACUAUCUUUGCUUGCAAUAGAAAUGCUAAUAGAACAAGAAGAUAUUGAUGUACAUCCAUAUGGAAGAGGUGGAAUUUACGAAGGAAUAUUGUACAGAAACAGGCCAAAAGAAAAAAUUAACAUCAUUUCGGCGUUUAUUUGGUUCGUUUUUGUUAGUUCGGUUGCUAUUAUGGCUGGGACAAUUGUCACUGUAGCAGAACUUUACUACUUCUUGAAGUCAGAAAAUACAAAUGAAGAUAAAAUGGCUUUCUGUAACUUUUUUAAAAACUGUUUGAAAGUCAAGCCAUUUCAAUGAAGAAUUCUUAGC